AUGAAGUUCGAAAAGGUGAAUAUCGACUUCGUCAUGCGAGCAAAUAGUGACGCCCGAGAACUUUCCCAGUUCCCAGCGGACCUAGAACAAUCGGAGAACACGGGGCCAAGGUCGUGGAGAAAGUUCUCCAAGAUCUUCUGUACCGAUAACUGUUAUCGACUCCUUGCUCUCGUGAUCUUUGGCCGUCCUCUUCGUGUACCCUCGUCUUCGGUAAUCUUGCUGCUGACGAUAGCGUUGUUAGUCUCUGGUGAAGCACCUACAGAAAAUUCGUCAGGACCUCUUGCCUCGAUCACACAAAGGAUUGCUAGGUGGUUCUUUUCCAAUAAGGAUAAGAACCAACAACAGCAACCAACCAACCACGUCAGGUCUAGUCAAUACUACGCUCAAGAGAGAGGAAAGAACCAGAAGAUCAGGGACUGUAGUCCUUGCAACGCUAUUCCUUGGAUACCAGUUGCCAGGGCGGUCAAUCACGUGCCUGCAACCUACACAGAUAAUGGGCAGCAAUAUUCUUUCCAUGUGCCUACAAUAAGUCUCGCAGCGCUUCCUCUAGUUUCUAAUCAGUACGGUCCACCAAAACCUGAAUAUGGACCUCCAAAACCUGAGUACGGCCCUCCGAAACCUGAAUACGGGCCUCCAAAACCUGAAUAUGGUCCUCCUAAGCCAGAGUAUGGACCCCCGAAACCUGAAUAUGAACAACCUAAACCUGAAUAUGGACCUCCUAAGCCGGAUUACGGUCCUCCUAAACCUGAAUAUGGACCACCGAAAUCAGAAUACGGACCUCCAAAACCAGAAUAUGGACCUCCCAAACCUGAGUAUGGACCACCAAAGCCCGAAUAUGGUCCACCUAAACCUGAUUAUGGAACACCUAACCCAAGUGGUGGCUCACCAAAACCAGAUUAUAGCCCGCCAGAUUUGAGACCUCCUCCCAAAUCUGAGUAUGGACCUCCUAGUUCUGAAUAUGGUCCACCCAAGCCUGAGUACGGUCCUCCAAAAUCUGAUUAUGGACCUCCGAAACCUGAAUAUGGACCUCCAAAAUCUGAAUAUGGACCUCCCAACCCUGAAUAUGGGCCACCAAAAUCUGAGUAUGGACCUCCGAAGCCUGAUUUCAGAGAUCCAAAAUUAGAUUUCAGACCACCCCAAUCAGGACAUGGAAAACCAAGCAAUGGAUAUGGACCUCCUAAGCCAUCCUAUGGACCACCUAAACCAGAGUACGGUCCCCCUAAAGCGGAGUAUGGACCUCCUAACCAACAAUAUGGACCUCCAAUUAUAGGUCACAGUCCAUCGCCUCCAAAACCGAACUAUGGUCCUCCUAAAAACUAUUACGGGCCACCAAACGGAGGAUCAAAGCCCGGACCACAAUAUUUGCCUCCGUCGAAAUCUUUCGGACCUCCGCGUCCACUAAAUGGGCCUAAACAUUCUUAUGGACCACCUAAAAACUUCCAUGGACCACUUAGAUUCAACAAUCCUCCGAAGACAUAUGGUCCUCCACAGAACAAUUAUGGCCCGCCGAGAGGGCAAGAUGUAGCACCAUCGAAGCCUAAACCAAAUUAUGCUGUACCCAACCAGUUGAGAUUGCCACAACCUACACCCCACAGCCAGCCCCAGAACUCCGCAACGGAUUCAGUGAGCUACCAACAGUACCUCUCACCACCCCCACUCAACGGAGGCCAUUAUUCUUCGCUCACCAAACCUAUCCCCCGCUGCCCAUCGACAGGACCUGACCUUAGCCAUGGAGAUGGAGGUUUAGAACCUGUGAAAGACGGUGUUGGUGAUUUUGGACAACUUCCAUUGAGUGAUUCUGCGCACGAAGCUUCAAGUGUUACUGUAUCUCAUUUAGGAUCGUCUACUCAACGUCCAACCAUAGCUCAGAAUCCCGGAGAAAACACACAAGUUUUUGUUACGAAAAGCAUACCCGUCAGUGAAUACCUCUCAUCCAUUGAAUACCCGAUGCAGAUCAUCCAGGCUCCACUUCUCGAUGUACCUGACCUCCCCAAAUAUGUAAACUUAGGUUACCAUACUUUUAAUCAGCAUUUAUACAAUCAAUAUCAUGAUAGUGACAAGUCAUCGUCGCUCGUUAAGUCUGUCACGACGAAGGCGAAUUCAAUUCCUUCAGAUUCUAAAGAAAAUCGUUUUACUGAUAACCAGGGAGCUUCCACUUUCGUUUUAAGCAAUGAUGGGUCGAGAGAUUCUCACAGCUCUGACUAUAACGGAACAGCAUAUGACUCACAGAGCGUCGAGGUCCCAUCCUGGCAAACGACACAAUCACAGAGCUCUCCUCAACCAUUUGUCCACCAGACUUCCCCGACACCGAAGCCCAGGCAAGUGCACCAGAUCAUUAUACCUUACGUAAGAGAUUCUCCUCAGGCAAGAAAGGUUCCCCCGCCACCUGAAUCAGAUCUCUCCGCCGUAUACCUCAACAGGGCGGUGACCGCUCCAGAUAAUUCCCAGACUACAGACAUCAACUAUCCGCUUACGGCAACUGGGUCGGAAAAUCUCGAAUCGUUACAUUUACCUCAAGUACUAAACUCGCUUCCUCCGGACGUUAUGAAUAAACUGUUAGAAAUCGGUUUCACGCAACAGGAAACAGGAAAGGGACAUUUACAACACGUCAUUGCUGAUAACAUUCGCGCGAUAUUACAAGGAGAAGAGGAUACCGUGGAUCUGGCUAGAUUGCAGAAGAACAUCGAUACGUGGACUGUUGAGGGUUACGGGAAGAGAGACACCAUCCCUCAGAACUCUAAGGUCAUUCCUGAGGAAUAUUUCACCACACCGGCAACUGAAGAGGAGACCAAACCUACUUCGCCUGACCACGACAUGUCGGCAAGUCAGCACGUCCCGGUCACAUUCAAGGCUCCAGAUGGAAAGAAGGGUGACGAAGAGGUGAAGGAAGAGACGUUCAUCCACGAAGUGAACGGUUGGUCUUUAGCGGAGACCAAGCUGAAGCCUUCGACGGAACAACCAUCAACAACGACCAAACCAUGGGAGCAAUUGGGUGCUGUGUCGAUAUCACCGCUCACCAAAGAGAAGGUCUACGUUGUGACGCCUCUGACCACCUUCCCUUCCUCUCCGGAGUCCAGCAGCCCUAGCAGUCUGGUAGAGAGGAUAACCGCAUCUUCUUCAUCCACAAUCCAAAAAGAAGAAGUCUCGACGGAAGCUUCAAUAUCAACAGCUGAGUUGACUGCUUCCACCAAAUCACCCAAGAGAAAAGACAUCGAAGAGGAAAUCGCCGCAGCUGUGAAGUACCUGGGCUCUGCGGCCAACCUCAGUAAGUCUUCCCUGACGUGACCAAACUCUUAGGACAUGGAAGAUCUUCCCCUCAUUCUUCCCGAUGUAAAUAUCCACGCGGCAUUGCUCAACGUACUCUAGCUAGAGUUUUGUCAGCCGUUUCUAAAGGUACAUGCAACUGCAGAACUACUGCGGUCGCAGGUACACGAGGUGCUUCGCCGAUGUUUUACAAAAGGUUAUUUUGGCGAAAACGCCGGCGAACGAACCCAUGUAAUUAAUUAUUUAUAACUAUUUAUAUAUGUAUAUCUACAGAUUAAAAAAAAAUUAUGUUUUAAUUUAAAAAAAAAAAAGGAUUUCAUUUGUAAAUAUUUUUAAAAAUACUGAAAUCCUCAGAGCUGGAUGAUUGCAAUAUUAUAAUAGUUAAGUAUAGUCAAUAAACAAGACUAUGAUAGAGAUUUAAAAGAUAUUGUAAUGUGUCAUAUUGUAAUAUAAUAGUAUUCUGUAUUAUUAAGUCCAAAAUAUAGUAUUUAUUAGAUUUAAACCUUUUGAGUUAUAUACCCUUUGAGUAUUCUUAUGUACUUUUUUUGUGUAAAGAUAUUAUUGUAUAAUAAAAUAAAAUCUAAUAUCUGUGUAAAUUGAAUUAUUAAUAUUAAAUUACAAUAGGAUACUGCUAGAUAUAGAAUUGUAAUUUUGAAUUAUAUUUAUUCGUAUAUGCUUUGAAAUUGUAAAAGCUGUUGUAAUAAAGUUUUAUUU